AUGCAGCGCGAAGGCAACAGCUGCUUCACUCUGGAGCCGCGCGACGACCUGAAGCGGCGGCUCUGGACCCUCAUCGAGACCAACCGCGUGAUGAUCUUCAGUAAGAGCUACUGCCCCUACAGCACCAAGGUAAAGGAACUCUUCACUACCUUGGGAGUAAAAUGUGAAAUCUUGGAACUUGAUCUAGUUGAUGAUGGAGCCAGGGUUCAAGAAAUGUUAUUGGAGAUAACUAGUCAGAGGACUGUGCCUAAUAUAUUUGUGAAUAAAAUACACAUGGGUGGAUGUGAUAAAACUUUGCAGGCUCAUAAGAGUGGUUACCUACAGAAACUUCUACAGAAUGACUCAACAUCUUAUGAAUACGAUCUUAUUGUAAUUGGUGGUGGUUCUGGUGGACUGGCAUGCUCUAAGGAAGCUGCAAAUUGGGGGAAGAAGGUUAUGGUACUAGAUUAUGUUACACCAACUCCUUUGGGCAAAUCAUGGGGUCUUGGUGGCACUUGUGUAAACGUUGGAUGUGUUCCUAAAAAACUGAUGCAUCAGGCUGCCCUUUUGGGGCAAGCCUUAAAAGACUCGAGGAAGUUUGGAUGGGAGUAUGAAGAAAAUGUUAAGCACAACUGGGAGACCAUGACAGAAGCAAUUCAGAACUACAUAGGCUCUUUAAAUUGGGGUUUCAGGGUGUCUUUGAGAGAGAAAUCUGUGGCAUACGUCAAUUCCUAUGGUGAAUUCGUCGAACACCAUACAAUAAAGGCAACCAAUAGGAAAGGACAGGAAACAUUUUACACUGCAGAAAGGUUUGUCAUAGCAACAGGUGAAAGACCCCGGUAUUUAGGAAUUCCAGGAGAUAAAGAAUAUUGUAUCACUAGUGAUGAUCUUUUCUCCCUGCCUUAUUGCCCUGGAAAGACUUUAAUUAUAGGGGCUUCUUAUGUUGCUCUGGAGUGUGGAGGAUUCCUUGCUGGCAUUGGGCUGGAUGUCACAAUUAUGGUACGGUCCAUCCUUCUUCGUGGCUUUGAUCAGGAAAUGGCUGAGAAAAUAGGUGAUUACAUGGAAAUGCAUGGUGUGACAUUCAUCAGGAAAUACAUACCUGUGACGAUUCAGCAGUUAGAGGAAGGCUCACCUGGAAGAUUGAAAGUGGUAGCCAGAUCUACAGAAGGAUCAGAAACGAUCGAAGGAGAAUAUAAUACAGUUUUGAUAGCCAUUGGUCGAGAAUCCUGUACAAGGAAAAUUGGCUUGGAGAAGAUUGGUGUCAGAAUCAAUGAGAUGACUGGAAAAAUACCAGUAAAUGAUGAAGAACAAACCAAUGUGCCCUAUGUUUAUGCUGUUGGAGAUGUAUUGGAGGAUAAGCUGGAGCUCACUCCAGUUGCUAUACAAGCAGGAAAGCUGUUGGCACGAAGACUUUUUGGGGGACAAUUAGAAAAGUGUGAUUAUAUUAAUGUACCAACUACAGUGUUUACGCCUUUGGAAUAUGGUUGCUGUGGAUAUUCUGAAGAGAAAGCCAAGGAAUUACUUAACAAAGAGAAUAUAGAGGUAUUUCAUACCUUUUUCUGGCCUCUUGAAUGGACUCUAGCUGGCAGAGAAAAUGAUACUUGUUUUGGAAAGAUAAUCUGCAAUAAACGUGACAAUAAUCGUGUGAUAGGAUUUCAUGUUCUUGGCCCCAAUGCUGGUGAGGUUACCCAGGGCUUUGCAGCUGCAAUGAAAUGUGGCCUUACCAAGCAGUUGCUCGAUGAUACUAUUGGCAUCCAUCCUACCUGUGGUGAGAUCUUCACAACUAUGGAAAUUACAAAAUCAUCAAGAACGGUUAUCUCUCCGAGGGGAUGCUGAGCUUAGACCCUGCUGCUUUAUAGUUUUCCUUGUCAUGUGUACUUUUCUCAGUAGAAAAAAUUUAAAAAUAUACCUAAAUAUGCUCAGGUAAAACAAAUAGAAACAGAGCAGAUAUGUUAAAGCUCAGAAAAGAUACAGGACUUUUCUUCAGUUGUUGUAGGAAAGUUCUUUGGCAAUGAAAACAGCAUAGCAGCAGGGUAUUUGACUAAGAAAUCUUGACUUCCUUGGAAAAGCAUUAAUCUUGCUUUCUUGAUGUCAUAGCUCAGAACCCUAUUGUGAGGUGAGCUAUGACUGAUGAUUUCCUUGCAAGUCAGGACCCCUCCCUUCCCAGUUAAGAUGGCUGAACACCCUCCAGAAGGAGUCACAUAAUUAGCCACAGUUAGCUUUCCUAGUUGCCACUGUGUUUGUCCUUCUACUUCAUUAUUUGUAUAAAAACUUUACUCAGAAGCAAAAUUGACUGUCAAAAAACUGCACUAUUUUAACAGAUCAACCUAGAAUUCACAGCAGGUCUCUUAUGCAUUGGACUUGGAAAUUGAAAUAUUUCUGAUAAGGUGUUCAGAUAUAGAGUAGAUUUACUUGAAUAUGUAUGUUGCCAUAAAAAUUCUGUACAACUCAGAGGAUUUUUUUGCCUGACAGUUUGUGAUCAAAUUGUUAGGAAGAGUAUGAAUGUUCCCCAUUCUUGUUUGUUUGCCCUUUGGCACUACAGAGAUCAAGCUGGACUGCAGCCUCAGACAGUGCUACACAUUGUCUGGGUAGUGUUCUCAAUAAACCAUUUUCUCUUGGAAUGUAUUUUAUCUCCUACCCUUUUAGAGACCUGACUCAUGAUUUUCUCUCUCUUGUGCAUUUCUUUAUAUCAGCACACACGAAGCCAUUUUUCCCAUGGUAUUAUCACUAGAAUGAGAAAGUGUCUCACCACAGAGGGGAAAAUGCUUGAAUUUUUUUUUCAUUUUGGUUUAAAGAAUAAAAUUACAAGACUUUUCAAUAUUAUAUUAUGUGAAAUUUAAGUAAUUUCAAAUGGUUUUUAACUAUUUAAUCUACAAUGUAUUAUGAAAUUUUAGGUUCAAUAAAUG